CUAGAGCCUUGACCUUGCUGGCCCCUCCUUCCCCCCUACCGCUGACUUGAAACCUCCUCCGGUUUGACUGCUAUAAAGAAGGCCUAUCCUUCCCCGAGGCCUCACGAUGCCAGAAGUUGCCACACAUACCUUCAAAGAAUAUCACAACGACAUCUGCCAGUCGUCCGAUUGUACCAUUGCCCUUCCACCCACUUAUCAACGGAUCCAUCGAGCCUUCUCUUCGCCAGCUCUGGUUCCUGCUCGCACUAUUGGGAGAAUGGGGAUUCACUACGAAGACUCGAUGAUUUUUGAGAAAGGACGGGCCCCGAUAGAACUCCUACCCGUGGAGAUUUUUGAUCAAAUCAUCCCACAAUUAGUGACCGAUGUGCCUACCAACGGCUAUAGCCCUAGGAACAAAGAUUUGGCAUCGUGCUUACUCGUCUCCCGGACCUUCCACAUUGCCACUCUGUCGACCUUGUAUUCUAAGGUUGCCUUCCCUCAUUCGUUCAUCUUCGAAAAGUUCCUGGCGCAGAUCUCCAAGUAUCCCGAGCUGGGCCAUUUGGUGAAGAGGCUGGACUUCUCCCACUUUACUUCUGUGGGCUUUGGUAGAACUGAGCGUAUGAAUUCUGAGAUUCAGAAAUUGACCGCUACAAAACUGCGCAAUUGUCUCGAUAUUACUCCUAAUUUGCGAGAGUUCCUUGCCUCUGAGGCUAUGGGUAGAGAUGUGGAUGAGAGAGUGCUAGAGAAAUUAUUUUGCGAGCUUCCCCGGCUCAAUGCGGUGGACUUUUGUGCUACUGCUGCGAGUUGUUUCAAGGAUGGUUUUUUGAGUGUUAUUUCUCCCAGCAACUUACGUUUGCCCAUCGCCCUUCCCAUUAGAAGGCUUGGCAUGCACGGCUGUAACACGCUCCCCUCAUCGGUUUAUGCUACUCUGUUGCCCCGAUUGCUCAAUUUGACACAUCUCGACUUGACUCAUACUCAAGUCACCGACGAGACACUGCAUGCUAUACCCCACACUGCAAAGCUCACCCACCUCUCCCUGUCCAGGUGCAACCGCUUGACAGGCCCCGCUGUCGUCGAUUUCCUCAUCAACCAUCCUGCCACCCGGGAUUUGGUCUACCUCAAUCUUCUGUUUGAUACGGGUAGGUACCGUCUUCUGUCCACCACGGAUGUAGACGUACUUCUCCCAUUCUUGCCCACUACGCUUCGCUCCCUAAAUCUCUCUGGAGCAAAGAUCACCAGAGACCAUAUCCCCGAUCUUCGAAGGCUUUCCAAGCACCUUGAGGAGCUGUCCAUCGGAUAUGCCGAUUUGAACAUCGCAGACUUGAACACUAUCGUCAAGCAAGACGGGCCCCGCCAUGGCGGAGCAAAGUCGAACCUUCACUAUCUAGACCUUACCGGGAUCUCCUCCGUUAACCCGACAGCCCUCGUCGACACCAAUAGGUGCAAACUCCUCAUGCCCGCCUCGUUCCCACUACAAGUAUUGGAACUCAGCGAGAAGGUCACCGACGGUCUGAAGGAACGACCCAUCUCGACGAAGAAAUUGGGAUGGAACGUAAAGAGCGAGCACCGACGAGCAUGGUACCUUAGGGCUGGGCCCGGAACCACUCCUGGCUCUGAGAAGAUUGCCAAACCUUUGGCGGAAGAAACUGGUUUCCGUUACUGGAAGAUGGGCGGAAAAUUGUGGGGUGGACGAAAGAUCGGUGUCGGAUACGGCAAAGUCACAGGGAUGUACGAAUAUUAUGGUUAUAGGUACUAGCUACUCCGGUUUGAUCCGUGACGCCGGUGAUCUCGUCUUGCAAUUUUUUUGUACAAAUUGGGAUGUUGUGUGAGGCUGUAUUAAUUCUCCCUUUUUUAUGUUUUUUUCUUCCCUCGUCUCUUUGUCUUGCGGGCUGGGAGGUAUUUUUUUCUUCUUCCUUUUUCUCUACUCUCUCCCCACUACUUCAUCGGUUAUGACAUUGUUGGUGUUUUUUUUUUGUUCCGCAUAUUUUGCAUGGGAUUUUGGGAGGGGAACGGCGAACUUGAUUAGCGGUUUUCCCUUUUUUUUUUCUUUUUUUCCUUUCUGUACUGUACCGAUAGCUCUCCUAUCUGCCGUCUCAUGUUAUCAUUUUCAUACCGUGGCCGAAGACCAUCGUGGAAUAGUUACCGUAUGCAUUUGUAUGACCUUAGAACCGAAAAAUACAAAAAAGUCUCCUGAA